AUUCAUUACCAAAAUUCAAUGUCUGAACCAUUCUUUGGAAAAUUCAAAACAGAUCCUACAUUUGAGUAAACCACUUAAAAUUCGGAACUUCACACAAACACAAUCAAUAACCCCUUUCUUUGUUUUCUCUCUUUCAAACAAAACAACACUCUCUUAUACCAAAUACGACACCGUUUCACACUCUUUUCUUUUAACAGAAGAAAUGAACAAGAAGCAACACCAAGUGAAAUUGGACGACGAACAAAUAGCCGAAUUACGCGAAAUUUUCCGAUCAUUCGAUCGAAACAACGACGGUACCCUAACGCAAUUGGAACUAAAUUCUCUUCUCCGAUCGCUUGGUUUAAAACCAAGCGCAGAGCAAUUAGAAAUAUUCAUUCAAAGAGCAGACACAAACAGCAACGGACUCAUUGAAUUCUCCGAGUUCGUUUCGUUGGUUGCACCGGAGCUUUUGCCGGCAAAGUCACCGUACACGGAGGAGCAACUUCGACAGCUGUUUGAUAUGUUUGAUCGAGAUGGAAAUGGAUUCAUAACAGCGGCGGAAUUGGCUCAUUCUAUGGCGAAAUUGGGACAUGCGUUGACGGCGGAGGAAUUGACCGGAAUGAUAAAGGAAGCUGAUACAGAUGGUGAUGGGAUGAUCAAUUUUCAGGAAUUUGCUCAAGCGAUUACUUCUGCUGCUUUUGAUAAUUCAUGGACUUAAUUUAUAUAUUGAUUUUCUCUAUUUACAGGUAUUAAUAAUUGUAAUACAAUCUGAAAUUUUGUUUCAAUUGUUCUAUUUAUUUACCAA